CAGGUUUGGAGCGACGUGAGGGAUGCAAAGUGUUUUCUCAGCUAAACAAAAAUGAGUGUGACGUCAUGGUUCCUGGUCAGCAGCACUGGUACUCGUCACCGUCUGCCACGGGAGAUGAUCUUUGUUGGACGGGAGGACUGUGAGCUCAUGUUGCAGUCUCGUAGUGUGGAUAAACAGCAUGCUGUUAUCAACUAUAACCCUGGCACAGAUGAGCACCUGGUCAAGGAUCUGGGGAGCUUAAAUGGGACCUUUGUGAAUGACUUGAGAAUUCCAGACCAAACAUACAUCACCCUCAAACUCUCAGACAUUGUUCGUUUUGGAUAUGAUUCACAUGUGUAUGUUCUGGAAAAGAGUCAACAUAAAGUCCCGGAAGAGGCACUUAAGCAUGAGAAGUACACUAGUCAGCUGCAUAUGGGCCUUAAAACCACAGAGGGAAUGCAACAAAAUCUGCAAGAGGAGAGGUCCAAAUUAGAUCGGUCUGAACGCAAGAGUCUCACAGAGGCCCCUGUACCCCGACCCACACCACUGUAUGGCCAGCCAUCAUGGUGGGGAGAGGAGGACUCUGGGAACAGGGGAACACACAAUGAAAUGCAUAGGUUAGGUAAUGGUCAUUCAGAAGUCACUAAGGAGGGCCCGACAAUUGAGGAUGAAUUCAGCGGUUCUGUUCAGGAGAUCCAUGAUGGCCAGGCCAAGUCAGCCUACCUGUUCCAUCGGGAGCCCAGCUACUUUGAAAUCCCAACAAAGGAGGUCCCGACGCACCCCAAGUCCCCAGUUACAGACCUAAGUGACAUCCCAACCAAAGACACUAAUGUUCCUCUGACCUCCACUGCUCCAGUUGUCCAGAGUCAUGCUUCUUUCACCAUUGAGUUUGAUGACUGCAUGCCAGGCAAGAUUAAAAUCAAAGAUCACGUGACUAAGUUUUCCUCUCGUCAGCGAAGCAAGCAGAAGUCGCCCAGUAAACCUCUGGCAUCCACACCUACAGAGGUGCUGUCAACUGAGAGCAAGGUAGCUGACUGGCUUGUGCACGGUGAUGUUAGCAUGAUGUGCAGGCGGCCACCUUGUGAGGAUGUGUACAGCACUAAGAGUGACCUGGCGAUGCAUAUUAGAACACUUAAAGGACACCAUCAUGAAGAUGGAACCCAGAGUGAUUCAGAAGACCCUGUAAUGAAAGAAAAACACAGCGAGUCUCAUCAUUCCUUGCAAUCCCAAUCAUCAGUACAGUCACACCAGUCAAAUCAAUCAAAUAUAUCCAAACCAUCAGAAUCAUUUCUGUCUCAGCAGUCCAUCUCAGUGCAGAGAACUCAUCAUCCUCAGUCAGUCUCACCAACAAAACACCCUCAAGUAGAUCAUGAGGAAACCGAGGCUCAACCUGUCCAAGAAGCUUCCUCUUCUCCCGGGGUUAAGCCUGUUCACCCUGAGCCUCUUGCCCAACAAGCAUUCAUCAUUGAGUUCUUUGAUGAUAAUCCCCGCAAGAAGCGCUCACAGUCCUUUACCCACAACUCUGCUCAUGCUGACUCCUACUCUGCAUUGAAGGCUAAACUAGAAAGACGCAAAGGUGGAGUUCACGGUGAAAGGCCAGCCUCUAUUCAUGGACAUAUUCCUCCAACGCAACAGGUCACUGUUCCACUGAAAGGUUCAGGCCUUGAAGGUCCACAGCGGUCAAGCUCACUUAAGAGGGAGAAGACAGAAGAGAGUGGAAGCAGUGCAUCCCUUUUGGGGACCUCGUCUCGCUCCACACCAUCCAUCAACAUCAAGCCUUUUGGCAGUGUGGGCAAAAAGUCCAAACUAGCUCAAGAAUUUGCUGCAGAGUUUCUAAAAGACACAGGAAAGACAUCCCCACCUCCCAUGUCUGCACCACCUGUAAUGAUGUCCCCAUCACACACUAAUUUACCUUCUCCACCAGAGCCAUCUAGGUCAUCAACUCUAUACUACCCAUCUUCUCCAUCCCAGCUGCCUGGAUUGUCUCAGUCUCUUCUCCCAGCAUCUUUUCCUGUCCCUUCCCAUGCCCCUGGAAGGGGUCCAGUUUGUAGUGCCUCAUCAAUCUGCUUAGCUGGAUCAUCUGUGCCACAGUUUUCUCCAUUAGGAGUCAGUGGUGUAGACACUCAUGUCUCUAGGGUGACACGAACCGAAGAGGAGGAUAGUUUGAGCGAUGCUGGUACCUACACUAUUGAGACUGAAUUACAAGAUAAGGAAGUGGAGGAUGCUAGAAGUAUGAUUGACCAGGUGUUUGGUGUGUUAGAUGCACCAGAGUACAGUGGUCAGACCCAUGGAGUUUAUAGACCUGUCAUUGAUGAUGGCAAAAAUGAGCAAGAAUUCUUUAGUCAAAGCCAUGGUGGGGCAAGUGAUGUAAUAUCGACAUCAGCACAGGGCCAUGGUGGGGACCAAAUCAGCUCAGUGCAGGCACAUGAUGAUAUUGCAGGGCCAAAAUGGGUUUCCUGCUGGGCCAGCUUAGCGGACACUUACAGUGACCCUGGAGCCAUACAAGAAUCCAUUGGCACUCCACUCCAAGGGGGAUUUACAGACAGAGAAUCUGAGGGCAGUCACGGGACCAGGACCAGAAGACUACUUCCUCAGGUCCCACCUGGAGAUAAACUGGAGAACACAUCCCCCAGUAUCUUGAUCAGGCAUGAGACAAGCAUGGAUCAUGAGCCACCAGAGAAAGGUUCCAGGACACCACAGCAGGAAAACUGUAAUCAGAGGCUUCGUGUCCAAGACGACUUAGACCCAGACAGUCUGAGUGACACUAGCCGUUCAGAUGACAGCUCUGUAUUUGAUAGAAGUGGAAGGAGCCAAGGAAAGAGAGGAGCCACAGCACACUCGUCAUCUGAAAAAUCAAACCAUUCCAGAGGCCGAGGGAUGCCAGCACCCACUCCCAAACCCACCUCAUUUUAUAUUGGCUCUGAGGGUGGUUCAUGCAAGUCAGAUACAUCCAAAAGCCCCCUUCUGUCACAGCCAGACAGAGACCACUCUAAUAAGAUUCCUCCAACCACUGUCUUGAUACAACACUUGAGUGGCCAUGAGCCUAGGCGGACAGUGAAGCCUAAUUCAUCAGCCCCAAAUCUUCAGACCCAGGACAGGGAUGUGGUGCCCACCAAAGAGACAUCCACCUCAUUUGUUAGACAAGAGAGUUUUACCAAAGAUAGGCCAAGUGAUAACAUCCAAGUCAAAAAGCUGCCACAUAUCUCCAGUCAUCCUGCUUUGAGAAGCUUGGAUGCAGGCGAAAGGGUCCGAGAUACAUCUCACUUUCCUAAGGAAGCAGAAAGAUCUUUGGUGUCACCAGAGGACAAGUUGCCUGGAUCAAGUCAGCGAUCAAAAAAAGGGAGGUUUCCUGCACAAGAGGACUCUCUGUCUGGUGAAUCUGACGUUGACACCGCCAGUACUGUGAGCAUGGUCAGCAGUAAAAAUGCACCUAUCAGUGCACCUAAGAAGCGCACUACUGCAAGUGACCAACGUAAGGAGAAAUCAUCUUCCAGCUUACAUGCACAAGAUAAAGGACGACAACCUACAGCCCGUGAACGACUAUCAGAAAAACGCAGAAAUCAUGCCGCUGCAGAAAAUACCAGUAAAGCUGAAGUAUCCCGUCGCCUACAAAUUCGUCGCAGUGCUGGUAACCGUGGUUCUUUAGAUCUUUCAGAGAAUCAGCAUGCUGAACAGGUUUGGCCUGAAACCGCUACUUCUGACCAUGAGUUAAGUUCACGUCCAAACGGCCGCAAGAAACUCACUGUACCCCUGCAGAAGGAGGACCCCAAUAAGGUUACCAAAGUAAGCCAUCAGGUGCUGACCCGAUCAAAUAGCGUUUCAGCCCCAAGACCAACACGUGCCUCCAUGCUCCGGCGAGCCCGGCUAGGUGAGGCCUCUGACAAUGAAGGUGCAGAGACAGACCGCGGAUCUCAGAGCUCCGACCACACAAAGACUGCUGCUGAAGGAAAGAAACUCUCAAGGCUGGAGAUUCUUGCCAUGCCUCGGAAACGCACUAGGUCCUUCACCGUUCCAAGUGACAAUGAGUCCACCUCAAGCAAGCAUGGCAUUUCAAACCGUCCUGCAGACAGUAGUAGUGGUGCGAAGAAAGGGACUUCUGGUGAGGUGAGGCACCCUUCAAGCAAAGGGACUCCAUCCACAGGGAAGCACUCCUCCACUCGUAACCAUUCUAACCAGGUUAAACACAGUAGCACAGCAGGUUCCCACUGUAAACAAAAGGAUUCAGACUGUUCAUCUACCUCAGAGGAGGACGUUGAGAUCAACACCAACUCUAAACACAAACGCUCCCACUCCUCAGCUUCAACUCAGACACAGACACCACAGAAGACGAUUCAUAUGAGGCUAAAAUGCAGCUCUUUGGAAACGGAAGAGGACGAGGCUCAGAAUGAACACUUUCAGAACUGGUCUACUCAUAGUGCAGAGAUUGCCAGGCUGAGUCAAGACCUGGCCAAAGAUCUUGCCAUUCUUGCACGUGAAAUUCAUGAUGUAGCCGGUGAUGGUGACUGCCAGACAUCCUCAGGAAUGGGAAAUACCACUUCCCCUAGCUCCAUGCCCAAUACCCCUGCAUCCACUAUAUCAACCAGAGAAGAGAGACCAUAUGCAUCAUUACAGAGGUUCCUGUCACUUCAGCUGGUACAGCAUAUACCUGAGGCAAGUCUGAACUAUCAAAAGGUUCCUCCAGGCUCAACUAGUCCAAUAGACCAGGACUCAAAUAUGAACGACUAUGACAGUUCCAGACGGCGUCCCUGGAACCGUGAAGAGGUCAUUCUUGACAAUCUAAUGUUGAACCCAGUGUCCCAACUGUCCCAGGCUAUCAGAGAGAACACUGAGCAACUAGCAGAGAAAAUGAAAGUUAUGUUUCAUAACAAGACGGAGGUCUGGGAGGAAAUAGAGGCAAAAAUCAAUGCUGAAAAUGAUGUUCCCAUCCUUAAGACAUCCAACAAGGAAAUCUCAUCAAUUCUCCUGGAACUGAGAAGAGUCCAGAGACAACUUGAGGUGAUCAACACUAUCGUUGAACCUGGAGGAAAGAUGCCCUCUAUAGCAGCAUCUCCCAGGGGAAAGACCAAAGCUGCUUCCAAGGAGUUUACCAGCCCCAGUUCCACUAAUGUCAACACAAGUGCAAAGAGAGGUCCAUGUGGGCCUGAAGAGGGGCGAUAUGUAGUAUAAGCAUCAUCAACAACCUUUGGAGGCUGCCAUCAUGGCAUAUUGGUAAAAGUAUUCAGAGACUAUUUGUGUUGCAAAAACAUCAUAUGCUUUCUGUAAGACUGCUGACACUCUGCACAGGCUAAAAUAGUCAAUACUGUAUUUAUAACAGUUGUAACUCGUGGCUUGCUUGGAUGAUGUGGUCCUUCACGGCUGAGUGAAUGAGUGAAUGUUGUGUUGUGGCAGUACCAUGUCUUAUACGUUUUAAUUGUUUGAAAGCCUUUGUAGCUUUCACUCAAAGUUCAGUGUCAAUCAUUUUGUGCACUUGGCUGCUACUAAUUUACAGCAAGAAAUAAGUGUUGACACACCUCACUUUAGCCUGUAAAAUGAUACUGAAUUAGUCAACGAGGGCAUAGCCUUUAGGGCGCCUGCUUCGCCAAACGUGAGUUCUUUAAUGAUUGAUUUAACUGAUGAAUGUUUUGAAAGAUUCAAAUGUAAUAUUGGUGCUUCUGAGAAUAUGGCUACUGAUGAAUAACCACACAGAUCAUAAAAUAGGUUCAAAUUGUCAAAAAGUGACAUUGAUUGUUAAGAUAGGCUAAGUGUACUGGGAAAAUUGUGAUCAGAAUCGAUUGAGCAAAUAAUUGUAUUUUUUUGCAUCUAUAUUACAUAUGUAUGGGGUGUUGAGUCGAUGUGUGUGAGCGGGUGCUUAGUGCUAGAACAUAAUAGUAUCAUGUGUGUUGCUGUGUGUUAGAGGUGAAAAAGAAAAACAGGUUACACUCACUCUGCCCAGAUAUAUUUUAUGAUUGUAUUGGAUGACAAAAAUCUAUUUUUGAGUCUGAUUGUUGCUCUGGUUCACUUGAAGAAACAUAAAAACAACAACUGGAUGUUACAAGUUAGCGCUCUCUUGUUUGUAUUUUAGCCAUGUAGGUGUCGGUUACUCUAUGUAUUUGUGUGAUAGCUAUAAAAUUAUUAGAGGGAAGUUUAAAAACUGUUUUUAAUCGACUCAUUGGGUCAAAAACAGUAAUGUAUCUCAAAACUGUAAUUUAGGGAGUUAUACAAAUCUGCAACUCUUCUGUUGUUUAAAUCUUAGAUUUUAGUUCGAGGCUGGCAUGUUUUGUGAAUGUGCAGUUAACUAUUGGCACAAAUCAGACCAACAGAACAGUUGUAGUUAAAAUACAGGGUAUGUUACAUUGAAACUAAUGCAAUAUAUAAAAUGUGCUUAAAUUACAUACAGCAUCUAGCCAUCUACACUGAAUUAUGUGGGAAAUGACAGCGUGUUAGUAUUGUAUUUUCCUGCUGUACCAUCACAACUUGCAGUCCUGUUGCAAGAUUGGGAGGAAAAAAUCCUAAAAAUCUGCACUAAGAAAUGAUUGUAUAUCUGUAUUUUAUGGUUUAGCAGUUUAUCAUAAGUUUGCUUUCGUUUUGGCUGGAUGUUACGAAUGGUUCGAUGUAUGAAAGAAUAAAAAUACAAAUGAAAGAAUUAUUUAAUAAAUAUUGCAUGUGUACCAUACGAAAUGUAAGUGGGCCAAAGCUAGAAAUUGUUUACCAGCUGUGUGUUUGUCCAUAUGAAGAACUGCAGCAGUUGGUGAACAUUUACAUUUAUAAUGCCUAGUAAAGACAGCCGCAAAUAUGGUGACUCAAGAUGCAAUUGUAUGUUUUGUGCUGGAGCACUAAGUUGUCUGUAUGUAUUCCUGCAUUUGUUUUCUUUGAGUCACCUUCAAUAUCAAGCCUUCAAGUUCAUUGCCAGCUUUGAACUUGACAACUGUAUUUAGACGUUCUCGGAAGUGAAGCUGAGAACACAAAUUCUAGUCUGAAUCAUCUAUGUAUGCAUUUAUCUCACUGGCUUUGCCCUUUACACCAAGACAUUUUCCUAAUUACAUGUAUCUCAUCCCAUGAGAUCCAGUCUUUAAUCUUCAUAAGCCUUGAAUUACUGAGAUUGGUGUCACUUUCACAUUUACAGUAUAUUUCAUUUACCUGCAUUACAGGACACAUGUACCUACACUAUUAAAAUACAUAAACAUCCUGCAUACAGUUGAAAAUUCAAAUUAAACUGUUUUUGCUAAACACUAUAAUUUACAUUUUUAUUCUCUACUUUUAUCAUAAGCAAUGAGUAGUGUACAUUUUUUGUAAUUUUGUUAUUACAUUUUAAAGAAUGUCACUAAUAUCAUCUUAUGCAUCAUCCAAAGU